CGAUUCCUGAGGCACGACAGAAUCCAGCCUUUCAGUCGCUGCCGACUGAAUCCUUGGGCAAACCUGAGUCCAUCAGGCUGCGCCGGCCCUGACGCCGCGCUCUGUGUCCGCAGGCGGCGCCGCCCCACCUCCCUCCGACAGCAAACCCUUCUCCAGUGCUGCUGUGCCCAUGGCUGCCGGGAAGGGGCCCACGGCCACGGGGAAGCCGGGAGCAUCUCUGGCGCUGCCGCAGCCGGCGCAGACCAAACCGGGGGUGAUCAGCUCCGUCUCAGGCCUGAACCUGGGGAAGGGGCCGCUGCAGAUCCAGGUGGUGGGGAAGGGACUGUCGCAGCUCGUGCCCGCGGUGCAGAGCCAGCAGCUGUAUGACAGCAAGCUGGGGAGCCUGAAGAAAACUCCCACACUACAGCCCAGCAAAGAGGCCUGCUUCUUGGAGCAGCUGCACAAACAUCAGGGGGCAGUGCUGCAUCCCGACUACAAGACCUCCUUCCACUCCUUCGAGGACGCCUUACAGAGGCUGCUGCCCUACCACGUCUACCAGGGGGUGCUGCCCUCCGCCCAGGACUACAGGAAGGUGGAUGAGGAGUUCGAAGCCGUGUCCACGCAGCUGCUGAAGCGCACGCAAGCGAUGCUGAACAAAUACCGCCUGCUGCUCCUCGAGGAGUCCCGGAGAGUCAGCCCUUCUGCCGAGAUGGUGAUGAUCGACCGCAUGUUCAUCCAGGAGGAGAAGACCAUGCUGGCGCUCGACAAGCAGCUGGCCAAGGAGAAGCCAGGUGGGCAGCGCUCUCCUCUGCCUCUGCGCCUUCGUGGUACAAAGCACACGUCAUGCAUGUGCUGUACAACUGCGUGCCUUCAGGCCGUCCUCUCCAGAGGCCCCACGGGGCUCAGGGCCGGGCAGCUCCCAGCUCAGUCCGUCCGUCCGUCCCUUCCCCUUCACGGGGCUGUAGCUGUCAGUCUGUCCCUCCCCGUGGCUGCGGCCUGAAGCUUUAAACAAAGCGCAGCGUUUUCGUUCAGGGCCCUGACAAAUCCCUUGUUGUUCCUGGCUGCCCUGGAGAUUCUUUAUUUAGGUUUGCAUUCAGUGGCCGCGUAUCCCCAGGGCGAGCUCGUUAAGGGAUAAACUUCAUCACAAGUGGAAGGAAGGGCCGUUCCCAGAGGGAGGAGGGACUGAGAAACAGCAGCUGGCCGGGAGGCAGAAAGUAACGCCAGCACGGGCGGGCAGACAGGCAAAGCCUGGAGUCGUUAGGAGCUGCGAGUCCCCAGCGCUGGUUGAGCUGCAGGCGAGGGCUCCCAGCGCAGCUCUGCCGCCGGUUCUUUCCGUGGGGCUCCCUGAGCAACCCGCUGUGCUUCGGGGCGCCCUCGAGGGCUCCCAGGACCCCCGAUGUCCCAUAGGGCGCUCCACAAUGCUCCCCGAGUUUGUAGCUGUGCCCCGGAACGCCUGGGGGCUUCCCAAUGUCAGACCCAAGGAGCUCCCAGUGAACUCUAGGACAGCCCAGAUCGCUCCCUGAGCUCCUCAAUGAGCUCCAGGCUGCCCUGGAGGCUUCCCAGUGCACCCCAGAGGCCUCCCGAGAGCCACGAGCGUCCCUUAAGGCACUCUGGAGUGAUCCCUGAGCUGCUGGUUGUCCCCUGGGGGCUUCCCAGGACUCCCGAGGGACACGGCAGUGUGUUCCCAGAGCUUGGGGAUGUGCUGUAGGGUCUCCCAGAGGCUUCCCAGGGCCCAGCCCUCCGGGACA